AUGCUGCCAAUAUAUUACGUGUUAUGUCCUCAACAGCCUCAGGUGCCUCCACCUGUUAAUUAAUUAGUAAACUUGAGAUAUAUAAGAAGCGCGCAUUUGAAUUCCAUUUGAAAUUAUAUAUUAAUUUCUUACAACACUUAUUGCGUCUUAACAAUAUUGAGUCAAUAAUUUAAAUGAUAAAUCGUCGUGGCACAUACUCAUUAAAUUAUAUAUUUUUAUUAUAAGAAAGUUUAAAUAAAUAGAUAGAUAAACCUUUAUUUUGUAUUCAGAGAAAUAUAAAUACAGGUUGAGUGGUCUUGGAACGUUUCCUGUCAUCCGAUACUUAAAACCUAAACAAAACAUACGCAUAAAAAUCAUGAAUAGGUCCUUGUUCUAAAGUUAACCGUCAAUAUGGUUAUAAACAAAUACAUAUUCUAUCAACAAGUAAGAAAAGAAAAUAUAUAAUUAAUAAAUGUUACUUACUAAUGAAAACCAUGUCUCACCAGAAUUUAACUAUUACUGUUAAUAUUAAAUAAAGAGUGACGCGUAUAAUAAAUAAAUUAAAGAAAAUAUAGAAAUAUAGCAUUAUAUUAAUUAUAAUAAUGUUUCACAAUAAACAGUAAUGUCAAUGGUACUAAAUAAUUAAAUAUAGAAUAAUUAUGGAGGAAUACACCUCUGAUAGCCUAGAAUAUUUAACUGGAAGAUUGUAUCUAAGUACAUAUAAAUAGAAUAAAUAAUAAGAAGUUGUAGAAUGGAUAAAGUGAAGAACGUAUAUGUGUAAGCUUAUAUCCUAAAUUUGAAUUAGUAGAAAGUAUAAAUGUAUAAGUAUAAUAUUUAGUAAAGAACAUAGAUAUAUAAGAAUAUAUACAUAUAAGCAUGAGUGUGAACAUGAGAGUAGUGGGGAGAAGUUGGAGAGUGAAGGUCCGAGAUCUCUCUGCCGUCUGAUGUAACUUCACUUCUCUCCUAGAACUCUUUACGAAUACAACUGUUAUUACUGAUCAAGUUUUAUCCAUACUUUAUAAUAAAAUUCAGUCUUCAGAUAAAAGUUAUUUUAUCAAUUACAUCUAUCCUUAAUCAUAGUUUAAUUAUUUCAUUAAAUAACAAUCAUAAUCAUCAUCUUAGUAAACAAUAAAUUUAUCCACUGUUUUCAAAUUCAAAAUUUGGUCUCGCGUGACAACGAACUGCCCACUGUCCAGGAGGUGGCGUCAGCUCCGAUCCUAGUAACCUCCCAGGACAUAACAACUGGUGACAGCGGUGGGAUAGUCACACCAAUUGGGUUCAACGCAAAUCUGGAAAUUCAACAGCGUUCUGGAAAAUCCUGAUUGGUCCAUCAGCGUUUUGAACAGAAGAUAUUACUGAAGUGAAAUUAUGUAGUGCGAUAUUAAUAAGGGCAAUUUCGCGAGUGAAAAGUGAAAAGUGAUUAUUAUUUUUUUCAAGAUAUAUAAGAUGCUAUGAACGUCGAGCUCACGGUUGUCCUGCUCGUGGAAAAAUAACAAAUGAUGAACUUGAUUUAUCGAUCGUUCAUAACCGUGUAAGAAAUCCUCAGUUGCAGAAAUAUUGCAUCUUUCAAGAUGCAUUGUUUAUUGCGGCAACGGCACGCCCUUAUAGAUUCCUGAAAGUUAUAUAUGAUCAUUUGAGUGCGCAUUAUCACUAACCAGAUAAUUGAUAGUUAAAGUUGUCUACUUGUGAAAGCUCUUCUGAGACAUACGUUACCUUCCAGGAUUUGAAAUAAACACCGAUUGGUCCACUUAAAAUAUGGCUGGUAAUGGUCUUACACGGACAAGACGGCGUAGCUCCGUUCUAUCCCUACCAGACAGGAUUUUCGAUGGAUAUCUGUACCGGUUCGCAAAAAAAUUGACAAACAAUGCUAGGCGCCUCUAUUGCUGUAAGCGAAGUUCGAAUGCUUGUAAUGCAGCUGGUAGCUUAUCUGCUUCUGAUGACUUCACUUAUCUACCUGGAAAAAAUCGACACAAUCACGAACCCGAUAUAAAUAGCGAUUGCAAAUCUCGCUUCAAAAAAGAUUUAUACAUUGCCUGUCGACAUCAAUUUCGAGAUCUCCAAAUCAUAUACAGAGAUGUAUCGAUUAUCCAUGAAGAAGCUUCUGCUCUUUUAAAUUUCAACCAAAUGAAACCACAAAUGCAAUCGUGGCAAAGAAAUCAAAAAUUUCCAGUCAUAACAUCAUCUGCCGAGUUCAAAUCUUGUUUAGCCGAAGAAAAUUUUAAAGAUAUUAAUCGGCAUAAUUCAGGGCGAACAGAAUUACAAUUUUUACAGAAUAUUUCACUAACACAUAGUGCAAUAAUUUUUUCUGAUGUAAACUUGCUAUCUAAAGUAGAAACUUCACAGUUAUUUAUAAAAUCAACAAUUACAAACCUUCCGGAAGGUGUGGGUGCACUGCAAUUAACAUCUAUCUCCACUCAAUAUGCGGAUCAUGUUUUCCCAGUUGUAUGGAUCAUUGAACUUGAAAAAUCGGAAAACAGUUGUACAAAAAUCGCAGAAGCAUUAUUGUCUCUGAAACCAAUAAUUUCACCAAGGGAAAUUUAUGGUGAUUUUGACGACAAUUACUAUAAAGCAAUGAAAACUAUAUUUCCCGAAGCUUCAAUGAAAGGAACAUUUUAUUCUCAUUGUCAAAUCAUGGUUGAUGCUGCUGUUCGUUUCGGGAUAGAUUUGGAAGAUAAUUCGACAAUGCUAAUAUUCACUAAAAUUGUGUCUCUAAGCUUAUUACCGGGGAAUAAAAUAAAAACCUCUUUUUAUUGGAUUAUCUCAUCCAUGAGUGUCAAUCAACGUAAUCAUUUUAAGCAUGUAUUGUCUGGUCAUAAUCAAUGCCAUUUUCACUUGCAAAAUUUACAAUUAAAAGGACGUAUGAAUUGGAAUAGUAACAAAGUUAAAAAUCUUUUUAAUGGGGUCAAAAAUUGCAAGUUUAUCGUUAACUGUUGGAAAAGUAUGGAGGAAGAAGACUCAGACUUUGAAGAUUUUUUGAGAAAAACCUCACAUAUUUUGAGCCCAGUUUUACGAAAUAUUAUGUUUGUUGGUGUAGUCCUCCCUGCGCAAUUUGAUUUGGUAAAAUUAACCGUAACACAAAAUGUUGGACAACUUCGAGCAAUACCUACUUUGCCAAAUGAUCGUUUAUUGGCUGAAGCAACGCGAAUGGAUCUGCGUGCAAUUGAUAGACAAACUAAUGAGGCAAAUGACGAUGAUGAGUUCCUGCCUGAUCUUGCAGACCAUCUGAUGGAUGCAGAAUCCACAACCGAGGAGGCGAACGAAGAUGUAAACGAAGCAAAUGACGAUGUGGAACUUUCGCCUGGUCCCGCAAACCAUCCGAUGGCUGCAGAAUCCGUAACCGAGGAGGCGAACGAAGAUGUAAACGAAGCAAAUAACGAUGUGGAACUUCCGCCUGGUCCCGCAGACGUAAUAGCUGUAGAUGAAAACAUUGAGGCAACCGAAGUGGUCAUAGUAGACGCCCGGGUCUCCGAGCAAUGCUUAAUCUGUCGAGUAGGAAAAACGCCAACAAAACUUUAUAGACCAUGCCUACAUGUCGUGACUUGUGGACCCUGCAACAACAAAUGGUUCAAAACAAAGAUGGAUGAGGGACAAUUGUUUACAUGCGUACUGUGCAGAGAUUUAGUACAGGAAACAGAAGACUUCUAAGAGCCAUAACCAAGAUUUCUUUUUUAAUAUUAUGAUUUAUUACUAUCACUAUUACUUAUUACUAUUACUAUCAUUUAUUAUUAUUAUUUUAACUUUUUUUGUAAUUGCUAGUUUGGCAGAUCUUAACUCAAGAGAAACAGUUAUUACUCGACUCAUUUACUUCUUCGUUCAGCUUCAACUCUACUUGAAAAUUGUUUCACUUAGAUUCAAUUCUAUUCAAUUAUAUUUUUACUCAGCUUCAACUAAACUCAGCAACAACUUUACUCAGCUACAACGCUACUAACAAAUAAUUGCGAUUUUAUCGAUAAGCUAAAAUACGUGGGUAGAGUUUUAGCUGAGUAAUUGUAGCUGAGUGAAAAUAAAACUGAGUAGAGUUAAAAUGCUGAGUUGAAAAAUAUUUGAGUAGAUUUGAGACUGAGUAGAAAAGUUGAUGAGUAGAGUUAUAAUCAUUUCUAUUGAGUAGAGAUGUUCUGAGGGGACAUGUAAAGCCCGCUAGCUUAAAUUUAGUUUGUUCACUAGACCAGCAUGAAAAUUAUUUUUUAUAACAUUCAGCAGGCGUAAUAAAAGGAGAAUGUCAGUUCUGCAGAAAACAAGUCUUCAUCGAAGCAGUCUUGCUCAUCAGCCGAUUUGAUCAUUUAAUUUCAAAUUCAAAAUAUUGUUAUUUUUUUUUUAGCAAAAAAUCCUGAGGCUUACUGGAAUAAUUGACAGACAUAAUCAUGGAGAAUGAUAUUAAUUCUGAAGAUUUUGUUUUAAUAAUAUUUCUGUUUAUUUCAGCAACUUUUACAUAAUUAUUAAGCAAAAUAUAAUUUUAAUAUUUAACUUGAAAUUUUCAACUAAAUUUUCAGAUUUGACGAAAUCGAUGGGAGGUGUAAUACUACUGGAUAUUUUGAAUUUUACACUGUAAAGAAAAUACUGUUUUCAAGUAUCUGCGUGUUUGUA